CAACCCCCAAACCGACUUAACUUUUGUGUCGGAUUCUUAAAACCAAGAAAAAUAAAAAAGCUUCUCUUAAAUAACCAAUCAAUCCAUCAAUCAAAACAAUACAACUCAUCUCAUCUCAUCCAACAGACAAAUCAUAAAACCCUACACCACAAUUAAACGUUCCUUUCAUUUUCCCUCUCAAAACUCUUCACUCUUUUAACUCAACGCUCUCCCCCUUCCCCUCCUAUCUCUAAUCUAUAACCUCAGAUCCGACUUCACUCUCACGCGCUGCCCCCACCGUCAUGGUUGUUAACGGCAGGCCUCUUAAGCGAAUGAAGAGAAGAGUCACAGCAGAUCUUCACGACUUCCUUACCUUUCCUUCUAUUGACGGAUCUGGAUCUGGUCCGACCGAGCCUUUUAGAGUUAGCGUACGGACCUUCUUGUCUCACCACGCGCUCUUACCGCCGCCGUCCUCACUCUUCCCUCACCUGCUCACGUGGCAGAUCCAGUUCCGUGUCGGUGAUUUCACGGACGGUACGGAGUUGUCUCCGGUUACGGUUUGUUUGGACGUUGUUGAAGAGGACGUGGCCAGAUCCAGAUCCGUUUACUGCGAUCAGUGCCGAGUCGUUGGUUGGAGUGGAAAUCCAGUGUGCAGCAAGCGAUACCAUUUCAUUGUGAAGGCUGAUGGCAAUUCCAUUGGUGGGUAUAACAAACCAUGUACAUGCUGUGGAGAUGUCUUGCAUUUGUCCGAAUCCAGGUGCAAGUCAUGCAACCAUGUGACAACGACAGAUGAUGUUGAAGACUGGGUGUACCACCAGUUAGAAGACACUACUCAUCUUUUACACGGUGUAGUUCAUUCUAAUGGUUAUGGCCACCUUUUGAGGGUCAAUGGCAGAGAAGGGGGAUCCAGGGUACUUUCCGGUUGUCAUAUCAUGGACUUCUGGGAUCGCUUAUGUAAAGCUCUUGGUGUCAGAAAGGUCAGUGUGAUGGAUGUGUCGAAAAAGUAUGGAAUGGAGUACCGGCUACUUCAUGCCAUCACCAGAGGACAUCCAUGGUAUGGUGACUGGGGUUAUGAAUUUGGUGCUGGUAGUUUCGCUCUCACACGUGAUGCCUAUAAAUCAGCUGUUGAAGCCCUUUCUACCAUACUGUUAUCGAUCUUUCUAUCUCAAGGACGAAAACCUCGUACUCAUUUGCAAGACAGAAUUUUGUUUUACCAGUCAAUAUCUGAGUGUGAGCUUGUGAAUAUAAGAGAUCUCUUUUGUUUCUUGGUGAGGCUGAUUCAUGAUGACCACAAGUCUUCACCAAGCACAAAGGUUGAUGAGGCCGCCUGCAAGAAACCUCGUCAAUGUGCAUCAGAGGUGGUGCAAUCUUGGACCAAGGGUGAAAUAGAGCGUGUGGAUGAAGCCAUGUUUAGAGUUUUGCGAGCAGUGUCUGGAUCCAAUUGGGUAAGUUGGCGAACUCUUAGGGGUGCAGUAUGUAAAGUGGCUAAGUCAGAGCUUCUUGAUCACUGUCUCAAAGAACUUGGGGGGAAAUUAGCGGCUGAUGGGAUGGUGGUUGUAGCUAGGUGCAAUCCUGAUUCAGGGGCAUUUGAGUACAGGCUUGAGCAGGCAAAUGACUCCUUCAAUGGCAUCACCUCUCGUAUUGAUUCUUCCAUAAUUAAACGUCCUUCUCAAGAAAUUCUCAUGCGGGACCUAAAAUUCUUUUUUGAAUCUCUUCUGCACCCACAAACCAUGGUUAAUUAUGGACCUGAGGCAAUGAGAGACCUGGCAAUCAGCUCGGCUGACAAACUUCUUGACUGCAAGCAAUUCAUGAAAGACUACUAUCCUGAAGUGAUAUCUUCAAUUAAGGAAGUAUCUGAGAUAUGCCUCUCAUGUGAGCUGGAAGUCAUGGAUUUAUCUGAAGAAAAUGCCCUUGAUCCACCCUCUGAGCUAAUUGUCUUACCUGUAAAUGCUACUGUUUCUGACCUCAAAGUUGAAGCGACAAGGGCUUUUCAAGAAGUAUAUUUGGUAUUUAGAAGAUUUCAGGCUGAAGAGCUACUUGGCUAUAGUGGUGUAGACGAUUCCACCCAGGUCAAACUCUUACUAGGGUCUAGUGAAUCAGUUUGUGUCCGAGGAAGAUGCCUUGGAAAAAAUGGGCUUGGUAAAUAUAGGAUGGAGAGAGGGAUUGAGAGAUGGACUGUAGAUUGUAUCUGUGGAGCCAAGGAUGACGACGGUGAAAGAAUGUUGGCUUGUGAUGUAUGUGGCGUGUGGCAGCACACGAGAUGUUCUGGCAUUCACGACUCUGAUGCAGUGCCAGCGAGGUUCGUUUGUUACAGAUGCAGAGGCACUGACCAGAUGAUCAAAAUCAGUAAUGGGCAGUGCAAAGAUGAGAAGACUUGCAUGAAUAGUGAUGGCAACUUUGGGAAGAGCAUGGCAACCCCUGAUGUUCACUGAGAAGAAUUUAACUGCUGUAAAUGUUUUUAUUUUGUUGUUUAGCG